AUUGAGCGCGGGGGUGCUUUUAUAAGAAUGACAAGGCACCCCAACUAGAACCCAGAAUGGACGACUAAAUUUGGCGUGAUCGCAAGACACCGUCAUAAUGAGACAUCGGCCGGUCGUCCCUUCGCGCUCGGCGAUGUACAUUUUUCAGUUUAUUUAUAUGUCCAUCAAUCCCCUUUUUUUAACAUUAAUGAGAAUCGCGGGUAAAAGCUCAACGGUGGGUGUGUUUGAAAAACAGAUCCAUAGCUUUGUAAUACGAAAUUGCGACUGGUUUUUGCAAGGGGAGAUGCACCCUCAAUUUGAAACUUUUACUAACUUUAGUUCGGUUCUGUUUACUUAUUGGCAGUAGUUUUAACUGCGACAAUGUUAUUUUAUGUCCAAUUUAUAUUUUCUUGGGAUUCACUACUCGUUUCUCACUGCGUGAAAUAGUCUGAAACGUUGAACUCUCGUUUAUAAGUGUAACAUAUGUACCAAAUGUUACGUAAUGAUUUAUGAUCCAUGAAUGAUUGACACGAAAAGUAGAUCCUAUGAAAAAUGGACCUGAGAUUGCAAAACCAGCGAUUUUCAAUGCGAGGAACCCCUUUAACAGCUUUAUUUUUGUUAGUGUUCCCUUGAGAAAUAUAAUAGAAAUACAGCAAAGUCGGCAAAGGCCUUUCUACAGAAAAGGUUUUGUGAAUUUCGCAUGCAAGCUCAAAGUCAAUCAUUCAUAAAUCAUGUUGAGCAGUCAAGAAAAGAAUGAAGGUUUUCUUUGGUCUAGAGAGACAAUUAUAUUCCAGAACUUCUAGUAAUCGAUUUGUUUAAUCACUGAAGUCAUUUGCAAUAUUAUUUAUAAGCGCAUUAUUCUUCUAUAUUUCUAUAAUAUUAUUUUAAACAAGUUUACAUAAGCAUGUAAUGAACAGCAGAAGCACGAGAAAAUGGCGUGUAUUAAAUUGAAUAUCGAAUUACGUAUUAAAAUCGAAUAUCGUCAUAUUCGAUUUUGUUAUUAAUCGAUUGUAUAUUGUAUCAUAUACUCGCAAUAAUGUAUAAAAAGAAAACGAUGUACACUUAUCUGACUCUAGCAGAGACAGGAUAGAAUAAUAUCCGUCUCUCGGCGUACAAAUCUUUAGAUUUUGCAAAAUAAAAAUGUUACUGAUAAGAAAAUUCUGGGUAAUAAGGCAAUUAAUACAUCGUAACAAGAAACUUUACGUGAACGACAGCGUCACCGUGUGCUAUUUCAAAUAUGUUGGAAACUGCUUAUGGUCGUUAUUCGACUAAGCACGUGCCAUUGCGACGUUUCUAACAGGUUGUCGAGUUUCCCCACUACUGUGCCCAAGACGAACGUUUGGGGCCUCAAGGGUGGACUAUAUAAAGCUUCUUUAACCCCGAACGAGAUCAGUUGGGGGAUAGACUUUUGCACAGCAGAUAUUUCGUGUUCGGCACAAUAUUCAGUCUCCAUCUUUCAUCUUCGUAACGAACACGCACUAAAAUACUCGUAUACGGUAAUUAAAUAUAAUGAGAGAAUAAUAAGAAAACGAGAACGCGCAUAUAUUGUCAUCGAUAGUGUUGUGCUACUAGUCGUAACCUUGGAUUAAACUGGAAUUAUUAGUUACAAAUGACGAUGGAGAACAGUACGAACCAGUGCAAGCCAGAUAAAGGACAGCUUCAAUACUCUGAAGAAAAGGAUGGCUUAGAUUUAAGUACAUUUGCUUUGGACCUAUCGCUCAAGAAGGAUGUGCCACCUGUAUCACCUAAAAUGUUUAUGAUGGCCCUAUCGCCAACUCUGCCUGCGAGUGCAAACAAGCGCGGGCUAUACGAAGAAAUAAAUCUGCCAGUGACAGAUGGACAAACUAUCUUCGCGGGCAGUAGUGCCAUGUUAUCGCCAUAUUCCGAGUCAAAUUCGCCAAAGAGAAUGAAGACUGAAUCUGAGGGCUACCACGAAAACAGUAGCCAGCUGAGAUACAACGCUACGUUAACAAAUCCGCACGGCGUUAUCCCGGGCAUAGAAAUGGGCGCGAUACCUCAGCAGCCUCCGUCACCGCUACCUGGGCUUCCGAACGGAGCCGCGAGACCCUUGACAGAGUUACUGGCGAUGUCUGUACCGCAUACAGAAACAGCGCAAUCCCUCCCAAUAUACAAUGACGCCGAAAGAAAUAGUCUGCUGGCGGUGCCAGAGUUCUCGACAUCUACGGACGAUGGACUGAUGACAUCGCUGAACCCACUGAAGAAAACGCCGAGACCCUUCAAGGCCUAUCCGAAGAACUUUCCUCCCCCAAGUGAUGACUCGUACACGAACUACAUAAAGUUCCGCGAGAGGGUAAUCGAGCUGAAACGGAUGCACGAGAACACGUCGAAUCCUAGAAUGCGCCGAGUGGUCAAGAGUCCUGGAUUGCCUACUAGUACCGUCGAAGAAAAAGACCCUGCAUACCUGGAACGGAGGAGAAAAAAUAAUGAAGCGGCGAAGCGUUCCAGGGAGGCGCGAAGAGUUAAGGAGGAUGAACUCGCGAUCCGAGCGACCUACCUCGAACGCGAGAACGCGCAGCUGAAGGAGAACUUCAAGAAGCUCCAGUUUAUGUACCAUAAAUUGUACAUGCAAUUCUGUCACGCCCAUUAGUAUCGCAUUAAGAUAAUUUGGGCUUGUAAUUUUAGUUGUGAAUUAUUACAGUUAAUGAUAUACAUAUAAUGAUGAUUUAUCCUGAUAGUUUCAGAUUGCAAAGAAGCGUUUAAAAGUUUCGUAUAGUAUAUAUCAUGCAUAUAUGUUUUUGUAUAUUUAUAUAAUAUUUAGUAUAUCAUAUAGCU